AUGUUCGCACCCGAAGCUUUCAGAUUAUUUACCCAUUGGCGCGGGACAUCUGGCUACGUAACGGUUUACAGUUACUUGUCUGUUGUCCCACAUGAUGGAUCAACAAUUCCACCAGGGUGCAUGAAUGGCAACGGCGAUAGAGUAGUUGAGUCAGUCAACCACGUAAUUUACACAAUCCUGGCUUGGUAA